AAGCCCCCAGACUUGCCACUUAAACCUUUUUUUUUUAAAGAAAGUAUUUAAUUAAAAAUUUUAUGUCUCUAAAAGAAGCAUUUUAUUUCAAAAUUGUCUUCUGUCCCUCCAAUACUCAUCUAAAUCUUGUUUCCUUUCAGGUUGAAAAGAUCCCCAUUUCUUGUUUGGUCACUGAAGGGAUGAAUCUUAUUUUUGAGCACACACUGCUGAGGAGACAACCAGGAAGGGGUGGCUGGGUUAUUCUGUAACUGCAAUGCCCAGAAAACACAAUUCUUGCUGGGGUUGGGAUUAUUUGCAGCCUCUUCACAGGAGAGCUGCAUGUCCUCUGUCACAUCAGAUAGCCCAGAAGAGUUUUCUGUGAUGGAUUACCUCUGGCAAUGUUUUCCAGAGAGUUCAUUUAUUGCAAAAAGAUCAAAGGUAAAGUCAUCCCUGUGCUAACACCUACACCAGUCUUGUCUUCAAAGAUGUAAUUCCAAAAUAAGCAUUCUGAAAAAUCCUUACUCUUGCCUGAUCAUGUCAGCAAUGAUGAAGUUUCCUUCACCACGGUGUUUUGGAGGAGCACGGCCCCAGCAUGGAGCAGGCAGCUCUGUGCGCUACCCUGUGGAAAAGAGGGACUGAAAUUCUCGUGUGCUCUUCCUCUUCAAGCAAAAUCUGCAUCCAUGUAAUUUCCUGAUCUCCAGCUGGUGCUUGGGAAUCACCAUGGAGCAGAAGCUGCUCAGUGCUCUCAGCUGAUUUAAUAGUGAAGCAGUUGUACGAGAAGGAGGCAGAGGUUUAGGAGUGGAGGUGGUGCAGAGACUAACCCUAGGAUUCCAGAGGACACAGAAAGUCCCCACCAGACAGCACCUAACACAAUAUGUCAUUUCUGUCACUACUUAUGCCUGAUUGAGCAAGGCCCACGUCGACACAGAUGAGCUGGCUUUAAGUUCCAGCACAGGACACGAAACCAAAACAGCAGCGAAAUUCUACAACCAGCACCAAAUUGCUGGGGGAAGGGUUCAGAGCACUCCUGAAGAUAAGUAUGUAAUUAAAACAAACAAUAAAUUGCUUAUCUUUUCCUUUCUAGCCCAGUCACCUCCCCUCACAGAGCAAUCAGGUGCUGGGCACAGCGAGGAGUGGGGCAGGACCCAAUCGCGUCCCUCCCGGAGCCCGCAGGUGUCCCCUGCCACCAGCACAUAUUAACUGGGGCUGAGCCUCAGCUCACACACUUGGCUGACGGGCUGCAGGGGUGAGUAUUGGCUCAUCUGUUACCUCCCAGCAGACUCCCUGGGAAAUGGAGACCCUCAGUGCCGUGGGGAGAUUUGGAAUUUGGCAGCCCCUGCUCCCCAUCCCAUGCAAAGGCUGAACCUCACUUGGGGAGUAGCUGCGCUCUCAGUAAGCCCUGAGUAAAUCAGGCAAGCAGGCAGGAUUUGGCUUCACACUAUGAGGUCAGUGGGGUGGUGGAGAGGGUCUUCUGGAGAGCUUCUGCAACUCCAUCCCUGGAGGUUUUCAAGAUCUAAAGAGGGCAAAGCCCUGAGCAGUCUGGGCUGAAUGAAGUGGUGCCCCAGCUCUGAGCAGGAGGCUGGACUGGGGCCUCCUGAGGUCCCUUCCAGCCUGGGUCACUCCAUCAUUCUGUUAAGCUGAUGUUACAUUUGCCUUGCUCAAUGGCAGCAAUGCUAUUUCUUUAGAAUGAGGCAAGAAAAAGGCAUUUUGCUUCUCAUGGAGCAAGCUUGCAUGUACCUCUUUCUCCCUUGCUGAGUUCAUCUAAUUCUUCCCUCACUUUACUUAAUGAACAUCUUAAUUUUCUUCCCCUUGAAGUUAUCAGAGCAGUGUGAUAACCUGAUAACUGCAAUCUCCUAUCUGCAGAGUGCUCUGUAAACAUUAGCCUGUGCUCCUUGUCAUAUAUUUUCAUUAAGUGGCAGCAGCUGGGUAUUAUCAUUCCCGGUCUCUUGGCCUGCUUCCCAGUUCCAGUGGAGAUUUCCAUUUAUCCUUUGCCCAGUCUUGUGCCCUCUCAAGAUUCUCCAUUCAGCAGCAAGUAACGGGGCUGUGCCAGGACACCUGCAGUGGGUCAGGUGUAUCUGCUGGCUGACCAGAUCAUACCUGAGGCUUCAGCCAGGGACUGGGAGGAGUAUUGGGACACAGGGACAGCCCAGCCCUCAGGGACCAAACCCCAGUGUCAUCCUCCAGCGUGGAAACCACCAGGGAAUUACAGCACAGACCCGGGGCUGUCCUGCCACGCUGCUGCAAGGAAACUCCCACCAGGAGGGUGAAACGAGCAGGCAAGCAGGAGGAGGAUGGCAGAAAUGGAGCUGAGUAAGAAGUGUCCCCUCAUGAAUGGCAAUGGUGCAGGAAUUCAGGACAGCUCGUGGACCCUCCCCAACUUGCCCAGUAAGUGCACGUGGACAGCCACAACGCCUGCCAGCAAGUCUCCACACUCCUGUAUUCCCUUGACAGAAGAAAAGAAGAUCUUGCCCAAUAUCCUCAAGAAAAUUGGCUGCACCCCAAUGGUCCGGAUUAACAAGAUUGGGAAGCCCUAUGGGCUCAAGUGUGAGCUCUUGGCAAAAUGUGAGUACUUCAAUGCAGGGGGCAGUGUGAAGGACCGAAUCAGCCUCAGGAUGGUGGAGGAUGCAGAGAGAGCCGGGAUUAUCAAACCAGGAGACACCCUGAUUGAACCCACUUCGGGAAACACAGGAAUUGGGCUGGCACUGGUGGCUGCAUUGAAGGGUUACCGCUGCAUCAUCGUCUUGCCAGAGAAAAUGAGUGUGGAGAAGGUUGAUAUUCUGAAGGCACUGGGUGCUGAAAUCGUGAGGACCCCGUGCACCCGCUUUGAUGCCCCCGAGUCCAACAUCCGAGUUGCCUGGAAGCUGAAAAGUGAAAUCCCAAACUCUCACAUCCUGGAUCAGUACCGAAAUCCGAGCAACCCCCUGGCUCAUUACGACACCACGGCCGAGGAGAUCCUGGAGCAGUGUGAAGGCAAGGUCCACAUGGUGGUGAUUGGGUCUGGCACAGGAGGCACCAUCACUGGUGUGGCCAGGAAGCUGAAGGAGAAGUGCCCGGAGUGCAAGAUCAUUGGCGUGGACCCCGACGGCUCCAUCGUUGCUCUGCCCAGUGAGAUGAACAGGACCAACACCACAACCAUUGAGGUGGAGGGCAUUGGGCACGACUUCAUCCCCACUGUCCUGGACAGAUCAGUGGUCGAUCAGUGGUACAAAUGCAACGACAGAGACUCAUUCCUCAUGUCCCGCAGGCUGAUCAGAGAGGAGGGGUUAUUGUGUGGUGGCAGCUCAGGCAGUGCCAUGUCCGUGGCUGUGAGAGCUGCCAAGGAGCUGAAGGAAGGUCAGCGCUGCGUUGUCAUCCUGCCCGACUCCAUCCGGAACUACAUGUCCAAAUUUGUGAAUGAUAAGUGGAUGAUAAGUAAUGGGUUCCUAAAUGACGUCCAGGAGCACAAGCCUUGGUGGUGGAACAUCAAGGUGCAGAAACUGAACCUCUCGGCCCCUCUCAUUCUCCUCCCAGAAGUCAGCUGUCAAAAGGCAAUUGAGAUCCUCCAGGAGAAGGGAUAUGACCAAGCUCCUGUUGUUGCUGAGUCAGGGCUUAUUUUGGGAAUGGUGACCCUCAGCAACACCCUCAGCUCCGUGCUGGCUGGAAACGCAGAGUUCUCAGACCCUGUCACCAAGGUCACCUACGACCAGUUCUCAAAGAUUGGCCUGGAGGACAGCCUGGGGAAGCUUUCCUGCAUCCUGGAGAACGACCACUUUGCAAUCGUUGUACUUGAGCAGAUGCAGUUCAGUGGGAACGGCAGCUCCUUCAUGAAGCAGAUGGUGUUAGGCGUGGUCACAGCCAUGGACCUCCUCACCUUUGUCAACAGGAACGACAAGAAGUAGCAGAGCAGCUCGGCUGGCCCCGCUCCUCCAGCAGGUCCAGGUGUGCCCCCGAGCCCAAACCACCUGGUCAAGGGAGCCUCUGGCUCAAUCCAGCCAAUAGUUUCUCAAAAUGCCUAGGUGAAAAUUGUGAUGUAUUGUAUUUGUCUGCCAAAUGCCAGCCACGGUAUCACUAAAGAGGAGAUAACUAAAGAAACUGUGUUUAAUAGC